UGUCACCCCAGUGUCACCUCCCUGCCCUCAGUGUCACCCUGGUGUCACCUCCCUGGCCUCAGUGUCACCCUCAUUGUGACUGUCACCCUCAGUGUCACCCUGGUGCCACCCCAGUGUCACCUCCCUGGCCUCAGUGUCACCCUCAAUGUCACCCUGGUGCCACCCCAAUGUCACCUCCCUGCCCUCAAUGCCGCUCUCAGUGUCACCCUGGUGCCACCCCAAUGUCACCUCCCUGCCCUCAAUGCCACUCUCACUGUCACCCUCAGUGUCACCCUCAUUGUCACCUUCCUCCUCUCUCCGGUGCCACCGCGGUGCCACCUCUCUGUCCCCGCAGGACCCGGUGGGCUCCGGUGGCCCUGAGGGGACCCGGGGGGGGACCCGCGGCCGGGGACAGGGACAGGGACAGGGCCAGGGCCAGGGCCAGGGCCAGGGCCAGGGACAGGGACAGGGCCAGGGACAGGGCCAGGGACAGGGACAGGGACAGGGACAGGGACGUCCCCGCAAGCGCAAGUGCGUCAACGGCUUCAUCAUGUUCUGCCGAGUGAACCGGCGCGAGUACAUGAGCGCCAUCCCCGGCCUCACCUCCACGGCGGCCACGCGGGACCUGGCCCAGCUCUGGCGCAGCCUCAGCCCCGAGGAGCGCCGCCCCUACUGCCGGCGCGCGCGGCGUUUCAGCCUGCAGCACGACCGGAUGGUGCGGCCGGACCGGGGCAGUGACAGUGACAGUGACAGCGACAGGGACAGCGCGGCCACGCCCCUGCGGCUGCUGCUGGCGGCGCAUGCGCGGCCCGGGGCCGCCGAGUGACACCCUGGGGACAGCUGGGGACAGCUGGGGACAGCCCGCUGUCCCCUCCAGGGGGUGUCACCGUCCCCGCUGGUGUCACCGUCACGACCCGACAGCGCGGCCACGCCCCUGCGGCUGCUGCUGGGGACAGUUGGGGACAGUUGGGGACAGCCCAGUGUCCCCUCCAGGGGGUGUCACCAUCCUGGUGCUUGUCCCCAUCGUGUCCCUGUCCCAGUUGGUGUCCCCAGUCCCUGUCCCCAUCGUGUCCCCAGUUGGUGUCCCCAUCCCAGUUGGUGUCCCCAUGCCAGUUUUUGUCCCCAACUCCAGUCCCUGUCCCUGUCCCCGUCCCAGUUGGUGUCCCCAUCGUGUCCCUGUCCCAGUUCGUGUCCCCAUUGCGUUUCUUUGUCCCCAUCCCAGUUGGUGUCCCCAUCGUGUCCCUGUCCCAGUUGGUGUCCCCCGUUCCUGUCCCCAUCCUGGUCUUUGUCCCUGUCCUGGUUCUUGUCCCCAUCCCAAACUGUGUCCCCAUCAUGUCCCCACCCCAGUUCCUGUCCCUGUCCCAGUCCUUGUCCCCAUCCCUGUCCCCAUGGUGUCCCCAAUCCCAGUUCUGGUCCCCAUCCCAGUUCCUGUCCCAGUUGAUGUCCCUGUCCCCAUCUUCCUGUCCCCAUGGUGGCCCUGUCCCAGUCCCUGUCCCCAUGGUGGCCCUGUCCCAGUUUCUGUCC